AAUCAUUCUCAUUAAUUAAAGUUGAUUUUAACUCACCUUUAAUUCAGAUUAAUGUAUUAAUAAUGGAGUCCAACUUGGAGGUGAUCUUAACAUGCAGAGACUUUAACACCGGUGUUGAAAACAAACAUGGAAAACUACGAGAAAACCCUAAGGAAACUAGUAAUCGACCUAUUUAACGUAAACGCGGUAAAAUUCGGCGAAUUUAAAACGAAAGUGGGUAUUUUAACGCCGGUUUAUUGCGAUUUAAGGGUGGUCGUUAGUUAUCCCAAUAUCUUAAGAGUUUUAUCCGAUUUAAUCGAAGAAAAAACGAAAAAUAUUCGUUACGAUUUAAUUUGUGGCGUGCCAUACACCGCUUUACCGAUCGCCACAGCUUUAUCGCUAAAAAUAGAUAAACCCAUGGUGAUGCGAAGGAAAGAAAAGAAAGAUUAUGGUACAAAAAAGUUAAUUGAAGGGGAUUUUAACGACGGGGAUCGUUGUUUGAUUGUUGAAGACGUCGUAACAUCCGGAGGGAGCGUUUUAGAAACGUGUCAAGAUUUGCAAAACUCAGGGAUUAAAGUUUCUGAAGCUGUGGUACUUUUAAAUCGUGAACAAGGUGGGGAAACGAUUUUAAAAGAAAAUGGGAUUAAUAUGAUCGCCUUAUUAACGUUGUCUCAAUUAAUAUUGGUUUUAAAAGAGGAGAAUUUAAUUAAUGAAGAUGUUUAUAAAAAAGUUUUAAAAUAUAUUAAGGAAAAUCAAAUUAAAACAAAACAUGAAAUGAAUCGAUUAAAAUUAUCUUACUCAGAAAGGAUUAAAUAUUGCAAAAAUCCCGUUUCAAAAGAAUUGUUUAAAAUAAUGGAUGCGAAAAAAUCGAAUUUAUGUGUAGCCGCCGAUUUAACAAACGCUACCGAUAUUCUAAACCUAGCCGAAGAAAUAGGCCCCUUUAUAUGUUUAUUAAAACUUCAUGUGGACAUCAUUGAAGAUUUCCACGAAAACUUUAUAAAAAGAUUACAAGAAAUCGCUUCAACACACAACUUUUUAUUAUUUGAAGAUAGAAAGUUCUCAGAUAUAGGAAAAACCGUCCAAAAUCAAUACACCAAAGGUAUUUAUCACAUUUCUAAUUGGGCCACUUUAAUCACAGCCCAUUCGUUGAUGGGAAAUGGUACUUUAAGAGCCAUCGAGCAAUCAAUGAGUCCAAAUAAGAAAUCUGGAGUGUUUUUAUUAGCAGAAUCCAGCACCGAGGGGUUAAUUAACCCCGAAUACACAAAAGCAACGAUUGAAAUGGGUAAAACUCACAUUGAAACUGUAACCGGAUUCGUUUGUCAAUCCCCCAAAUUCUUGGAUGAGCCCCAAUUUAUUCAAUUAACACCCGGGGUUCAAAUUAACGAAUCAGCCGAUGAUUGCGAUCAAAGAUACACCUCUCCGGAAGCUGCAAUAAACGAAAAAGGGGCCGAUGUGGUCGUUGUGGGUCGUGGAAUUACUAAAUCGAACGAUUUUGGGAAAAUUGCUGAAAAAUAUCGAAGAUUAUUAUGGGAAUCUUACCAAAAUAGGAUUUCUAUAGAGUAAAAUUAAUAUUUUUGUAAUUUUUAUAAUAAAUUUCUUAACCUUAAA